GAAAUGGCACAGAAAGGAGCUCAGCUGAACAGGGAAAUCUUCUUUUGUUCAAUCUGUCUGGAUCGUCUCGAGGACCCAGUGACCAUUCCCUGUGGACACAAUUACUGCAUGAACUGUAUUAAAACCCACUGGGAUGAAAAGGGGAGGCGAAUGCACAGCUGCCCACAGUGUAGGCAGACUUUCACACCGAGACCUGCCCUGGUGAAAAACACCAUGUUGGCAAAUUUAGUGGAGGAGAUAAAGAAGACUGGACUCCAAGCUGCUCCUGCUGAUCACUGCUAUGCUAGACCUGAAGAUGUACCCUGUGAUGUCUGCACCGGGAGAAAACUGAAAGCCUUCAAGUCCUGUUUAGUCUGUGUGGCAUCAUACUGUGAGAAACACCUUCAGGAUCAUUAUAAUGCGGCUCCAUUGAAGAAACACAAGCUUGUGGAGCCCUGCAAGAAACUCCGGGAAAACAUCUGCUCUAGUCAUGAUGAGCCGAUGAAGAUUUUCUGUCGUACUGAUCAGCAGCGUAUCUGCAGUCACUGCAAACUGAGUGGCCAUAAAUACCACGAAACAGUCUCAGUUGAAGCAGAAAGGACCAAGAAGCAGAAGGAGCUGGAAAUGAGUCGACAAAAACUCAAGCAGAGACUCUGUGACCGAGAGAAAGACGUGACGAUUCUUCAACAGGAGGUGGAGUCCAUCAAUCAGUCUGCUGAUAAAGCAGUGGAAGAAAAUGAAAAGAUCUUUGCUGAGCUCAUCUGUCUCAUGCAGAAUAGAAGCUCAGAUCUGAAGCAGCAGAUCAGAUCCCAGCAGGAAACUGAGGUGGGUCGCGUCAAAGAGCUUCAGGAGAAGGUGGAGCAGGAGAUUGCUGAGCUGAGAAGAAAUGACGCCGAGCUGGAGCAGCUGUCGUGCACAGAGGAUCACAACCAGUUUCUACACAGCUACUCCUCACCGUCAGCACUUAAUGAGUCUACAGACUCAUCCAGCAUCGAAAUCCGUCCUCUGAGGUACUUUGAGGAUUUGACAGCAGCUGUGAAAGAGGUCAGUGAUAAACUGCAGGAUGUUCUGAAAGAGAAAUGGACAAACAUCUCACUGACAGUCACUGAGGUGGAUGUUUUGCUGUCAGAACCAGUGCCAAAGACCAGAGGUGGAUUCCUAAGAUAUUCACGUGAAAUCAGAAUGGAUCUGAACACAGCUAACACAUCAGUGUUGUUAUGUGAGGGGGGUAGAAAAGCCACAGCUGUGAAAGAACAGCAGUCAUAUUCUAGUCAUCCAGACAGAUUCACUGGAUGGUGUCAAGUCCUGAGUAGAGAGAGUCUGGCUGGACGUUGUUACUGGGAGGUGGAGUGGAGCGGGAAACAGGUUUAUAUAGCAGUCGCAUACAAGAGUACCAGCAGAUCAGGGCUCUCAGAUGUAUGCGGAUUAGGAUUCAAUAGGACAUCGUGGGCAUUAUGUUGUGACCAAAAUGGUGUUAAAUUUGUGCACAACAAUUCUCACAAGGCUGUCUCGGGUCCUCAGUUUGGGAGAGUAGGAGUGUACCUGGAUCACAGCGCCGGUAUUCUGUGUUUUUAUAACGUCUCUGAAACCAUGACUCUCCUCCACAGAGUCCAGACCACGUUCACUCACCCGCUUCAUGCUGGAUUUCGGCUUUCAGAUUAUGGAGACACUGCUGAGUUCAGGAAUCUCAAAUAG